AUGACUUAUCUUCAGGAUAGCUACAAGAAGUUCCUGAACAAGGGCAAUGCGCCAUUGGCCGCUAAUGUGUCGCUGAUCUAUGUCCCCACCACAACUCGCAUCGAUGGCGCCGACGCGGUCGCUAGCCAUGUGAGGCGUCAAGCGUCAAUCGUGGAGAAGCAGUCUGAGGAUAUUAUCAGUGUGAUCGAGAGCUCCAACGCGUUAUGCCUCGAUAUUGACGUUACCCUGAAGUUCAACGGUGGCGGUGCCUAUCUUCCCACGAUGGACGAUAAUUUCCUGGCCGACAGCGUCGCGAACAUCUCCACGCUCCACAUCGUCCAAUUCAAUGCCCAAAACGAGAUCCAGCAGGUUCGAAUUUACUGGGACCAAGCUGCGCUCCUCAAGGCCGUCCAGGUGAUCGGUAGGAGCGCUCGUGCUUGGCCCAUCCGCGAUGGCAAGGAACAGAUCCGGCUACUCAGGAACGCUGCAACUCUGAAUUCUGAAGCCCCAGCUCUGGCCCCGUCCAAGGGUAAUGACCUUCCUCCGCGCCCUGCCUCGCCCGGCAAGCGAUAUAUCAAGGAUCCGUACGCCGCAGACUCCCUUUUCGAUCUCCUGUCCCCCAACAAAACCGAGGCCCCGAAUUCGAGCGAAGAGGAAACCCGCAAGCCCGGCCACAAUGGCAAGCGAUAUAUCAAAGACCCAUACGCUGCCGGGUCUUUGACAGAGCUUAUCUCACCCAGCAAGCGGGAUGCCUCUGCAGUGGUGCGCCCGUAUGGCGGUGCUCAGCCUAACGCGCGCUCUUACGGUGAUUUGUUUGUGACAGAUGACGACGACGAGGUGCCUGGCACACCAUCAAAGGCUGGGCGUGGGACAGCUCAGGCUGGUCCCAGGUUCCAGGGCAACCGGAUCUUUGAGGACGAUAGCAAGGUCGAGGAUCGUGCGUUCUACAAGAGUGACCCCAAGAAAUACGACCACUUCCAGAUCGGCGGUGACGAUGCGUCGCACGCCAAGUCCGAGGAUCGUGCAUACUACAAGAGUGACCCCAAGAAAUACGACCACUUCGAGAUUGGCGCCAACAAUGCCGAUCUGGAGGUGAAGCAGGAGCCACAACGUGCCCAGUCGCGCCAGCAGGCCCAUUGGGACUUUGACGACGUCGCCACUCCCAAGCCCAAAUCUACCGACGAGGCGCGUUCCUUUGGCUACAGUGGCGGCGAGGCCGACUCCCCCCGCCAGACCGGCCACAAGCAUUUCGAUAUGACCGACGACGAAACCGGUGGUGACGCCGACCGCAUCAUCAGCUCUUACGGAAACCGCGGCAAAGGUCUGUACAAGAACCGUCUGUUCGACGGAGACGGCGAGUCGACCCCCGGCCAGUCAAAAUCGCAAAAUGAACCUCUAGGCGUGACCGGCAACAACGCUAGCCGAAGAAACAACCUCGAAGCGCAAUGGAAGAUGUCCGGCUCACCCACACCCACCAAAUCAGACAGCGAGAACAAGACGAUCUCUUCUGACCGCGCUGCAUCAAUCAAACAAAUGGAAUCAUCCUGGGACCAGGAGUUCGACAACUCUCCCGAAGCCAUCCGCCCCGCCACACACCUGCAUAACCCCAAGGGACACAACCAGCCCAGCUGGACCUACGGCAAUGAGUAA